CGCGAACAUUGUUGUGUAUACUAUGUUAUUGUCUCCUCCUCCUCCCCCUCCGUCGUCUCGUCCCCAAACCUUCGUCCUGCACAACUCAGCCUCGAUGAUGCAGCUACAUCCAUUCGGGCCUCCCUUGAAGCCCUUUGGGAGUGUCCCACCGCCCACUGUACGGCCAGUCAGCUACCGGCCCCCUCCUGUGAGAGAGGCCGCAAGGGUUGGAGGCCCAACAUUGCCGGUAGCGGGACGAGCCGCUGUAGGACCUUACGUUAAGGGCUCGGCUGGGGAGGUGUACGAGCUAAUCGAGCAGCUGCAGUCUGCUUUGUUUGGGGGUGUCUAUAGGGCUAGGGGCUUGAAGUCUGGCAGGGACUAUGCAGUUAAAGUACUGCACAAGAGGGAGCUUGCCAAGAUGCAGAGGGAGGCUAGGGGUCAUCGAAAUGUCGAGUUGUGUGAGAUGCCGCUGUCGGAGGUGACAUAUGCGUCUAAGAUGAGGGGUAAUCAUUAUAUCCUUGAGCUGCUGGACCACUCGGAAGAUGACCAUUGCCAUUACCUGGCGUCACCCUUGGCACGAGGAGGGGAUCUGUUGGAGGCACUGAAGGAGAUCUCGAAUGCUACCGAGAGUGGGUUCCAGGAGAAGAUAGUGAAGUGUGUGGUGGCGGAGGCGGCCCAAGGCAUAGCCCAUCUACAUAGCCACGGUCUGGCCCUACAGGAUGUGUCACUGGAGAACAUGCUACUGUUUGUUGAGCCAGAAUCAGGCAACUAUACUGUUAAGAUAUGUGACCCAGGGCAGGCCACUGAGUUCACCGUAGACAAGCAUGGAAGGGAAGAACCAAUACACUUCAAAGGCCUCCUAGGGAAGUCUUUCCGGCCCCCUGAGCUCUACUCCAGAAGGGAUUACAUCGCCACAGCUGUUGACUCGUGGUGCCUCGGCUGGAGUAUAUUCUACCUUCUCACUGCCAGAAGCCUCUUCCAGACGGCGGACCCUCAUAGUGGGGAUAAGGACUGGAUCGCCUUCUCCACUGGGGACGUGGAACAGCUCUUUAGGAGGAAGGGCGCCCGACACCUUUCUCGACAGGCCAAGGAUUUGAUACUCAAGCUCAUGCAGCUCGAUCCUCGGCAACGGUUGAGUGUGGAUCGUGUAUUGGACCAUCCUUGGUUCGUGGACAAGCCUAGCCCAGGUCGAUGGCCAGCACCCAGUCAUCUCGUCAUUGAGGAGCGGGAGAUGCUUGCCAAGAUACGUGCUCGGCUGGGCACGGCCAGUAGAGGGGCCAGUACGAAUGUUCCUAGCGACAGUGGCACAGUGGUGGAAGCAUCGGCUGAGACGGUUCGUGAGAGGACGGGUUCCACUACCUCGACCACUACAGAGUCCCAGAGGACAUCUCUACGUGGACCCCGUCUUGAGUCCAUUGAUAGUGUUAACCGGACCAGUAUAGGAUCUUCUAGGAGGUCAGCGAAGCAGGUGUCGGGGGCUCACAGGAUGGACUCCAGGCCGAGCAUGGCCAGCGUGAGGAGCAAUUCCCGACUGGCAUCUUCUGCCACCCAUUGGCCGAUCGCUCACGACGUGAACGAGGGUGACAGGAACAUCGCCGAUACACGACAUCCGUCAGCGGCGAGGAUAGUCGGCAGUAGAUGUCCUGUCAACUCCCCAUUGUAUGGAUCCACUCCAUGCUUCGUGUCACCACGAUCACCUCGACUCGCAGAUGCGAUUGCUUUGAACGCCUAUCACACUCGUCUAUCUCGGAGCCCUUCCCCUCCCCCGCAGAGAGUGCCCUUCUCAUCAAUACCAAAAUGGACGACUGUGGUCGAUACCAUGAACGCUCGAGCUCGAUCGCCCUCCCCACGCCUGUUACCGUCACCUUCAGUACAUCAUCAACAACAACAGUCUGGUCGUGUGAACUCUAAUACGAUAGCUUACUCCCCAGAUGCUACUGGCCGCACUGUUCACUAUCGUGUCACAUCGGGCGGCCAGUCACCCAUUCUAGUGGGGAGUGGCUCUGCUGCUCUUCGUAGCAGAUCGCCCAGCUUUAUGUCUAUCCAGGGCAGCCCUAUGGAGCAGAGAUGGCCGAGCCCUAUGCCGGGGCCAGGGAGGACGGCACUGUCCCCUCCGGUCUUGGGCAGAGGGCUGAGGCUGAGUAGUCGUGGUUGAGAGGCGUACUAUUAUAUAUAAAUCCAACUCGAAAACUCGUAUAUCGCUGAUCAAAUGCAGUGUAAUCAACUCCCAUGCAU